AUGGGUAUUUGUCUGUCUUGCCUUCAUCCGCCAGCCGAUGAUGACUUUGACGAAACUACGCCUCUCCUUGGGGAGAACAUAUCGUCAUCAGCUGUGCAACAACAAUAUGAGGAGCAAAUUUUAGAGCAAAGAAAUAAAGAACUGAAUAGCAUACUGAACUCGACAAAUGACCAUCUCAUAGACUUAACAAAUUUCCUACAUUUUCAGUCGCAAUUCAUGCUCAAGGAUCCAGUUUCGCCAUCCCUACAAAAUCAAGCAUCCUUGAAAACAGUAGAUGUACCGACGGCAACCUCAUUAGCUUCAUUAGAUCAAAACUCUACGCCCCAAUUGCAGGCAAUUGGGGGAUAUGAUUCUGUUGGUGCACGCGGCUUGACGCAAAUUGAGGUCCUGGACUGCAGUGAAGUUUGCCAGGAAAUGGAAAAAGAGCUUGCUAUUUUGGAAGAGAAAAUGGAUGUUCCUUUUGACAGAUGCAUUCGAUUCGACACCAGCAAUAUUGGUGCCCUGAAGGUAGAGUUCGACUAA